AUGCCUGUAAUUUGCUUGGCUGGUCUGAGUAGUAACCUUUUGACCUUUCAGAGCCCACUCCAAAUGACAUUGCGAGGUUACCUUCUACUGAUACUCAUACUGGCUGUCCUCAUAGAGUGCAUCGAGGCUUGCAAGAGAGGCCAGGGCAAUCGAGUCAGGGAGCCACCAAAAGCACCCCCCGCAAAGGCAGAAGAGGAAGUGCCGAGCAUGGCGGCAAGCAGUGGACAACCGGAGCAUUGUGUGGAGCUGCAGAAUCAUUUCAUGGACAAGGAGCAAGUCAUGCUUGAUCGGAUGAAGAAAUGCAAGCUAAGUGCUGACAAGCCGAAGGAGUUUGACCAACUUGUGUGA